ACACACUUCAAUUCAGUCUGAACAAAAAUCAAUACUAGCGACCGAUCGAGAGAGAGAAAGAGAGAGAGUUGAAGAUGGCAGAGAUAAUGGAGGUGAGGAACAAGAAACUGAUUUUGAAAGACUAUGUUUCUGGGUUCCCCAAAGAAUCAGACAUGGAUGUGAUUUCCAGUGGUACGAUCAAUCUGAAGCUUCCAGAAGAUUCCAAGGGCGUUUUGGUCAAGAACCUUUUCUUGGCUGCUGAUCCUCACCUUCGACCAUUGAUGAAGAAGGCUGAUAAUUUCAGUGUCUUGCAGUCCUUCACCCCUGGCUCUCCACUACAUGGGUAUGGAGUGGCAAGAAUUGUGGAUUCAAAGCACCAAGAUUUCAAAGAAGGCGAGUUGGUGUGGGGAAUAACAGGAUGGGAAGAGUACACAAUCAUUACGUCACCUGAAACCUUGUUCAAAAUCCACCAUGAUGAUGUACCUUUAUCCUAUUACACUGGAAUCCUUGGUAUGCCAGGUUUAACAGCAUAUGCAGGAUUCUUUCAUGUGUGUGCUCCAAAGAGAGGAGAGAGAGUGUUCAUUUCAGCAGCUGCAGGAGCUGUGGGACAACUUGUGGGACAAUUUGCAAAACUCAGUGGUUGCUAUGUUGUUGGCAGUGUUGGUACUCAAGCCAAGGUUGAUCUGGUGAAGAAUAAAUUUGGGUUUGACGAUGCUUUCAACUAUAAGGAAGAACCUGACUUGGACGCAGCCUUGAAAAGGUACUUCCCUGAAGGCAUCGAUAUAUAUUUCGAGCUUGUUGGAGGCAAAAUGCUGGACGCAGUUCUUCUAAACAUGAAAGUGCAUGGUCGAAUCGCCGUGUGUGGAAUGAUCUCUCAGUACACUCUUGAUAACCAUGAAGGAAUCACUAACAUUAUGUCUCUGGUUUACAAAAGGAUUCGCAUGCAAGGGUACAACGUGGUGGAUUAUUACGACCUUUAUCACAAGUACGUGGAGUUCAUAUUGCCUUGUAUCAGAGAAGGCAAGAUUUCUUGUGUGGAAGACAUAGUUGAAGGACUUGAGAGUGGAGCUUUAGCGUUGGUGAGAGUAUUCAGAGGUCUCAACAUCGGAAAACAAGUAGUUUCGCUUGCUAAAGAGUAGAGAAUACUGUCUUGGAGUUUCACAGCUGGUUUUUACAAGAAAAUAAUAUAACAUUUAACUUUUAACACUAUACGUAGAAAUGAUUCUGUAAGAAUGUAAAAGUAGAACAUAAAUAUAUGUAUAUUAUAUAUAUAUAUAUAUAUAUAAUAAGAUCAUUAUAUAUGAUAA